UCAGAGUGAUGGCCAGACCUGGACUGCUGCUGCUGUUGCUCCUGCUGCUCCUGCUGCUCCUGCUGCUGCUCCUUGUGGUGCCGGUGACCAUGGUAGCCAAUAUGACCUCUUGUAAUUCUGGCGAGUGCAUCUCUAAUGACCUCUGCUGCCAGUGCUGCCCAGCUGGCCACUUUGUCACAAAACCCUGCCAAGAAAACCACGGCAUGGCAGAAUGUGCACCAUGUGAACCUGGGACCUACAUGGCCCAUCCCAACCUGCUGCAGACCUGCUUUCGCUGUUCUCAGUGCAAGGAGGAUCGAAAGGAAGUUUCCAACUGUUCCUUGACUACCGAUCGGCAGUGCGAGUGCAAGGAAGGCUACUACUGCGACUCAGAAAACUGUGUGGAGCACUGCUUCCAGUGCAGCAAUUGUUCUGAAGGCAGAGCUGUCCUUGAGCCGUGCCACCCAAAGGCGAACACCAAAUGUGCCAAGAUGAAUCAAGAGCCACAAAACUCAAACUGGUACUGCCUUGUUAUCUGUGUGGCUGUUGGCAUCACUACCACCAUCAUCACCACCAUCAUCACCAUUGCCACAGUCUGCCACUACUUUAGAACAGCACUAACUCGCAAAUGUGCGCCAGAAACCUCUAUGACCCUCCUCUCAGCUACCAGAAUCGCAGUGGAGGAUAAUCAAGUGACACCCCUGUAA